AUGUCGUGUUACACGUGCAUCAGCUGCCGCGUGGCGUUCGCCGACGGCGAGGUGCAGCGCGCCCACUACAAGAGCGACUGGCACCGCUACAACUUGAAGCGCAAGGUGGCCGACAUGCCGCCCGUCAGUGCCGACAACUUCCAGGAGCGCGUCCUCUCGCAGCGCGCGGCCGCCGAGCGCCGGCCGGGCGACGACGGCGAAGUCUGCGCCCUCUGCCGCAAGAAGUUUUCCAGCCACAACGCCUUCAACGACCACCUGCGCUCGCAGCGUCACCUGCAGGCCGAGCGCCGCGCCCUAGAGGCCGCCCGCCGUCAGGUGGAGGAGAUGAACCGGAAGAAUUUGGAAAAGGGGAUCGGCGGGGACGACAAAGCCGACAGAGACGCCAGGAACGAGGCUCUGCAGCAGGCCCUGGAAGGGCGGCGGAGGGGCGGGCGGGGCGAGACGACGACGCCGUUGGAGAGGAGCGUGCCGGAGAAACCUCCGCGACUCGUGUGGCUGGAGGAGCAGGCCAAGCGCAGGGAGCGGGAAGAAAAUUCCACCGUCGCCGCCACCGAGGAAGAGGAGUGGGAGGACAUGGACGACGACGAUGAUGAUGAUGAGGAGGAGAAAGAAGAAGACGAGGAGGAGGAGUAUGACGAUGAAGAGAGCACUGAGCAUACGGAAGGCGACGCGAGCGGCUCCCUCCCCGGUUCCAUCCCCGUCACCGACUGCCUGUUCUGCACGCAUCAUUCCAAGACGCUGAUGCGCAACGUCGCCCAUAUGACACGCGUCCACAGCUUCUUCAUCCCGGACCUUCAGUACCUGGCGGACCUCCGGGGGCUCGUCCGCUAUCUCGGCGAGAAAGUGGGAGCGGGGAACGUGUGCUUGUGGUGUAACGAGAAGGGGCGCUCGUUUUACUCCACGGAAGCCGUGCGAAGUCACAUGACGGAUAAAAGUCACUGCAAGCUAUUCACCGACGGCGACGCCGCGCUGGAGUUUGCUGACUUUUACGACUUCAGGAGCAGCUACCCAGACAGAAGCGACGAUGACGAGGAGCUUCCCGAUGACAAGAACAUUCAAUAUGAUGACGAGACAAUGGAGCUCACGCUCCCAUCAGGCGCCCGGGUAGGCCACCGCUCCCUCAUGAGGUACUACAAGCAGCGCUUCGGCACCGAGCGGACGCUUGCCCUGAGCCACAACAGGAACGCCGUGGGACGCGUGCUGCGUCAUUACAAAGCGCUGGGCUGGGCCGGCAAUACAGGCGCGGCGGGAGCACGUGGCGUUCAUCGCGACAUGCAAUACGUCCAGAUGAUGAAGUCCAAGUGGAUGCUAAAGAUGGGAAUGAGCCACAACACCACCAGGCAGAAGCACUUCCGCGCGCAAGUCAUGUUCUGA